AUGGCGACCGAAAAGGAUCUCGAAAAUGGCGAUCCUAAGCGGGAGAGGAUCUCCUUUGCUGGCGGAUGGGACCCAGAUAGGACCGAGGGUGAAUAUGCCGACCUCAUUAGAUACAUAUCAACCUACCGAGAUCGUCGCUUCUCCAAAGCUCCCAGUAUCAGUAAUGCCGACGAAGUUGAUGCCACCAUCGAAAAGAAAGGCUUCUUCUCCAAGCUGCUGGGCAAAAAGUCCGCUUCAGAACUCUUCGAGGUGCCUGAAAGCUGGCUCACCACCGACAUAAAGACCGGCCUCACGACCGCCGAGGUCGAGGCUCGCCGCAAAAAGACCGGGUACAACGAGUUGGCAACGGAAAAAGAAAACAUGUUUCUGAAGUUUAUCGGUUAUUUCAGAGGGCCAAUUCUAUAUGUCAUGGAAAUCGCUGUGCUCCUCGCUGCUGGUCUACGAAACUGGAUUGAUUUUGGUGUUAUUAUUGGUAUCCUUAUGCUCAACGCCAUCGUUGGAUGGUAUCAGGAAAAACAAGCUGCCGAUGUUGUCGCAUCUCUCAAGGGUGACAUUGCCAUGAAGGCAAUUGUCGUGCGAGAUGGUAAAGAGCAAGAAAUCAAAGCCCGUGAACUCGUCCCUGGUGAUAUUCUUAUUCUCGAAGAAGGUAUGGUCGUUGCCGGCGAGGCGCGUCUGAUCUGCGAUUAUUCCAACCCUGCUGGUUUUGCCGAAUACACCAAGAUGAUCGAAGAUCCUGAAGAGCAUUUCUCCAAGAACCACACGGAUUCAGACGAGGACGAGGACCAUCACGUUGGCGCAUCCAUCGUUGCUACCGAUCAAUCCGCAAUUACCGGAGAGUCUUUGGCUGUUGACAAAUUCAUGGGAGAUAUUUGCUACUACACGACCGGUUGCAAACGUGGCAAGGCCUACGCAGUCGUCACUGAAUCCGCGCGUGGCUCCUUUGUGGGCAAGACAGCUUCUUUGGUUCAAGGGGCUACCGAUUCUGGUCACUUCAAAGCUAUCAUGAACUCGAUCGGUACCGCACUGCUCAUUCUGGUGGUCUUCUUCAUUCUCGCGGCCUGGAUUGGUGGUUUCUUCCACAAUCUCAGACUUGCAACUCCGGAAUGGUCCUCCAACAAUUUGCUGCAUUACGCUUUGAUCCUCCUUAUCGUUGGUGUUCCUGUCGGCCUUCCCGUUGUUACUACUACUACCCUGGCUGUCGGAGCUGCCUACCUCGCCAAGCAAAAGGCCAUCGUCCAAAAAUUGACCGCAAUUGAGUCUCUAGCUGGUGUGGAUGUUCUCUGCUCCGACAAGACCGGUACCCUUACAGCCAAUCAGUUGACUAUCCGUGAGCCGUAUGUUGCCGAAGGUGAAGAUGUCAAUUGGAUGAUGGCCUGUGCUGCCCUUGCAUCUUCUCACAACCUCAAAUCUCUGGACCCCAUCGACAAAAUCACGAUUCUCACCUUGAAGCGCUAUCCAAAGGCUCGCGAGAUCCUGCAACAAGGCUGGAGAACUGAAAAGUACAUCCCCUUCGACCCUGUCUCCAAGCGCAUCACCACCAUCUGCACACUCAAAGGCGAGCGUUGGCAAUUCGCCAAGGGUGCACCGAAAGCUGUUCUGGCAAUUGCCGAGUGUGACGAAGCUACUUCGAAGCAUUACCGUGACACUGCAGCCGACUUUGCACGCCGUGGUUUCCGUUCCCUCGGUGUCGCCUCGAAGCGAGGAAAUGAACCGUGGAAAAUUAUCGGAAUGUUGCCCAUGUUCGAUCCACCUCGGGAAGACACUGCACACACCAUUGUCGAAGCUCAAAACCUCGGUCUCAGCGUCAAAAUGUUGACUGGCGAUGCCAUUGCCAUUGCAAAGGAAACGUGUAAGCUGCUGGCUCUCGGAACGAAGGUCUACAAUUCCCAUCGCCUAAUCGCGGGUGGUAUCGCUGGUACAACUCAGUACGAUCUUGUUGAAAAGGCAGAUGGUUUCGCCGAAGUCUUCCCGGAGCACAAAUACCAGGUCGUCGAGAUGUUGCAACAGCGUGGUCAUCUUACUGCCAUGACGGGAGAUGGUGUCAAUGAUGCUCCGUCGCUAAAGAAAUCUGACUGCGGUAUUGCCGUCGAAGGUGCCACCGAGGCCGCUCAGGCCGCUGCCGAUAUCGUCUUCCUCGCCCCAGGUCUCAGCACGAUCGUCGAUGCCAUCAAGGUUGCGCGUCAGAUCUUCCAACGCAUGAAGGCCUACGUUCAGUAUCGUAUCGCUCUCUGUUUGCACUUGGAACUGUACCUCGUCUCGUCCAUGAUCAUCAUCAACGAAACCAUCCGGUCCGAGCUGAUUGUCUUUAUCGCUCUGUUCGCUGAUUUGGCCACCAUCGCCGUCGCCUACGAUAACGCUCACUACGAACCUCGUCCCGUUGAGUGGCAGCUGCCCAAGAUCUGGGUCAUUUCCGUUGUUCUCGGUAUCCUCCUCGCCCUCGCUACCUGGGUUCUCCGCGGCACUUUUUACCUUCCCAGUGGUGGACUUGUCCAGAAUUUCGGUAACAUUCAACUCAUGUUGUUCUUGGAAGUUUCCUUGACGGAAAACUGGCUCAUCUUUGUCACUCGUGGUGGAGAGACAUGGCCAUCGUGGAAACUCGUCGGCGCUAUCUUCUUGGUCGAUGUUCUCUCCACCCUCUUCUGUGUCUUCGGCUGGCUCUCAGGUCACGAACAUCCAAGUGCCACCAACCCAGCUGGCACGUUUGUUGAGUCAGCAAAUGGUGAUACGUCCAUCGUCACUGUCAUUGUUAUCUGGCUCUACUCUAUCUUCGUCACCGUCGUCAUUGCCCUUGUCUAUUACCUGAUGGUGGGCAUGAAAUGGCUUGACAACCUUGGCCGUGCCAAGCGAAGCGUCUCGGAUACCAACAUGGAAAACAUUCUCGGUCACCUCAGCCGCAUUGCAUUGGAGCACGAGAAGGACGUGCAUGGCAACACAAAAUGGGUCUUGGGUACCCGGGCUACUGGAGAGGAGGAAGAAGAGUAA